AUGGCUUUACCGAUCUACAGUUGCAAGGAAUGCGAAUCAGAUCUGAAUCUAAACCCUAACGAUUUGUUUCCUCCAAAUUUCUACUUCGAAGCCGGUAACAAAGGAACGAUCUCCUUCGCCGCCGUCGACGCCGACAAAUUCCGAUUCGAAAAGGAAGACAAAAUCAUGCCGUUCUUCGAAACCCUAAAUUACUGGGGAAUCCAACGGAAACGAACCAAAAUCAAGUGCAAUAGUUGCGGCCAUCUCCUCGGCUACAUCUACGACGAUGGUCCUCCUCUCACCGGCGGUAUCGGUCAGUACGGGUUCGGUCCGAGUCAAGUCGUCCCUCGUGCAUCUCGUUAUCGAUUAAAAACCAAGACGAUUCGAGUCUCGUCACAGACCUAG